CAGAUCUCAUCGACAACAAAAAGGUUGGGGUGAUCAUCGGUCCGCAGAACACUUUACAAGCAGAGUUCUUGACCUACCUAGCCAACAAAACCAAGAUUCCUGUCAUCACUUCCUCUGCAACUGGUGAUUCAGUUAAUCAACAUCAUGUUCCGUACUUUCUCCGGGCUUGUGUCAAGGGCUCCUUCCAGGCAGCUCCAAUUGCCGCCUUCAUCCAGGCCUAUGGCUGGAAAAAUGUUGUUCUUGUCUACGAGGACAACACUUAUGGCGUCGGCAUUCUUCCGUCCAUUACUGACGCCCUUGAAGCCAUCGAUGUCCGUGUCAUUAACCGUUCUGCCGUCCCUACUUCUUCCCCCGAUUACCGCAUUGAUGAAGAACUGUACAAGCUCAUGACCAUGCAGACACGUGUCUUCAUCGUCCACAUGUUGCCAGCCGAUGCUUCCCGCCUCUUCGCUCGGGCUUCAGCAACCAAUAUGAUGACGGAGGGGUAUGUCUGGAUUGUCACAGAUAACAUUGGCAUUGUCCUUGAUGUGCUUCCCCAGGAUACAAUUGACACCAUGCUGGGUGUUGUGGGUUUCCGGCCAUAUGUAGCAAAAUCUGCGAGAAUCAGCGGUUUCACGGCUCGUUUCGUCACUCGAUACAGAGCCAAAUUCCAUCAAGAUCCUAAUGUUAGGGUGGCAAGACCCACCAUCUUCCAAUACUGGGCAUAUGAUGUGGUAUGGGCAAUUGCGUCUGCAACUGAGAAAGCCAUAAAUCUAAGGUCUACUCCACGCAACUUAGUAGAUGACCCGGAAGUAUCUCCUGCUGGACAAGACCUUCUGAAUUCCAUAAUGGAUGGGGAGUUUGAUGGAUUGGCUGGGAGAUUCAGGUUUGUUGAUAGGCAGUUGCCGGUUCCAGCAUAUGAGAUUGUGAACGUGAUUGAAGAGAAAACUAGGCGCAUUGGGUUUUGGAGCCCUGUUUCUGGACUAUCACCUUUUCUCAACUCUAGCACUCGACCAGUCCAAGAUAGACGUAGGUUACGCGCUGAUCAAGUCCUGAGAACUGUCAUUUGGCCAGGAGAUUCAACAACAGUGCCCAGAGGCUGGGACUUCCCAGUAAAUGGCAAGAUACUCCAGAUUGCUGUGCCCGUGAGACGUGAUUUUAAGUUUUUUGUGAAUGUCGAGGCUAGUCCUAACUCCAGUGAACUUGUUGUCAACGGCUACAGCAUUGAUGUCUUUGAGGCUGCUGUGAAGAAACUACCAUAUGCGCUGCGCUAUAAGUACAUUCCCUAUGACUGUGCAAAUUCUUAUGACAAGCUGGUAUCGGAGGUUUACUUCAAGACGUUUGAUGCAGCAGUGGGUGAUGUGACAAUCAUUGCCAAUCGAACUAGGUAUGUGGACUUCACAAUGCCAUACACUGAGUCUGGAGUGUCGAUGCUUGUCCUAGCUAGGAAAGAUGAAGAUGAACCAACCAUGUGGGUCUUCUUAGAGCCACUAACGAAGGACCUUUGGAUGGCUACAGUAGUCUUUAUGGUCGUCACUGGGCUAUUUGUAUGGAUGAUUGAAAAUCCUAUAAAUGAGGAAUUCAAAGGUUCCAAAUGGAAACAGUUCAGCACUUCUUUCUACUUUGCAUUCUCCACCUGGACUUUCACGCAUGAUCAAAAGUUCAAAAGCCUUCAGUCAAAAGUUAUUGUGGUGUCCUGGUGCUUUGUAAUGCUAGUUAUAGUGCAGAGCUACACAGCAAGCUUGUCAUCAAUGUUAACUGCAAAGAGGCUCCAGCCUUCAGUGACUGACCCAAGGCAACUUUUGCACAAUGGUCACUAUGUUGGAUACCAGAAUGGCUCAUUUGUGCACUCAAUGCUGAGGAGGCUUCGAUUUGAGGAGCGCUGGAUAAAGGUUUGUAGCACGCAGGAGGAAUAUGCAAAGGCAUUGAAGCUGGGAUCAAAGAAUGGAGGAGUAUCUGCCAUCUUUGACGAGACACCAUACAUAAAUUCUUUCCUCUUGCAGUACGGCAAAGGGUUCCAGAAGGUCGGUCCCAUUGACAGGACAGUCGGUUUUGGUUUUGUUUUCCCUAAAGGCUCUCCGUUGGUGGAGGAUCUUUCCAAGGCCAUGCUGAAUUUGAUAGAAGGGCCUGAAGGUUCUCAUAUUGAGAAGAAGUGGUUCAGUGAUCCGAUUCUAUCACUGGAUUAUGGCAGUCUGGACACCGACUCCUUGCGCCUCAGCUCACGGAACUUUGAAGGUCUAUUCAUCAUCAAUGGAUGCGUUUUAGGUUUGAUGAUUCUCAUAAACUUGUCGAGGCGUGCUUAUGCAAAAUUCAUUGCCAAAAGAAACACUGUUUCUGCUAGUGAUGACGAGGCUCAACCUUCGCCGAAUGGCAACGGCGUGCCUGCUAUCCAGUCCCUCUAGACUGGUGGAGAGUUUCCAAAAAGAAGUUAUUUGUGGGUUUGAGUAAGCAUAUCUUUAAUAGUAUUAAGUAUUACCAGAGAGGUUAGAAUGCAGUUUAAAUCAUAAGGAACACAAAAUUAUCACAGUUUGUAACCGACUUACUAUGACCCCACCACAUUUUAUUUGUUCAUCCGUGUCUGUUCUUGACCAAAGAGUCUCAAGAGACCAAAAUCCGCUAUUUUUUGGUAACAUAUUAACAUCCAGCAGUGUGUUUUCGGGCUUAAGAUCCAUAUGCACAACAGGAAUGCUGUGUAAAAAGAGUAAACCAUCGCAGAUCCCCUUAAUUAUGUUGAAUCGUGUGUCCCUGUCCAAUGGGAUAUCUACUUCUGAAGAAGAGAUACUGAAUUACUGAAGUACUACAAGAUAAUGACUUGAAUAUCAUUUAUUUGUAAGCAUGCUAAUAGCAAAAAUAUGAUCACAAAAAACAAAUUGUUAGGCACAAUCGUAACUUCUUUUGAUCAUGUCCAGUGUUGUACCUGAACAUAGUGUAACAUAGAUUAAUGGCCAACCUCCAAUUCACAGAGUUAUCAUAUAGGAGUAUGAGAAUCUUCAACAUGGAUGCAAUUUGAAACGGGUAGUAUGAUAUACCAAAAAUAUUAUUCAUAAGGCUUCCCCGUGGUAAAUAUUCAUAGCAGAUUACACUUUGAACAACGUCAGCAAUAGUAUAUCUUCAAUUGUUCUGCUCCACUUUCUUUAGACUUUCAUGACAGUAGCCAACCAACCUUACAGCAUUUUCAUGUUGGAGGGCCAUAAUGCUUUGGACCUCAUUAUUGAAUGUUUUGUCUUGUGGAAAGGGCGAAUUUUCGACAAGUUUCUUCGCAGCAAUGGUUUCCCCAUCUGGCACAGUUACCAGUUCAACCUCGGAUUCUUUGGGCGACAUUUUUGAGGAACUUUCAGAAAGACAGAAACUGUUAAAGCACAAUCGCACCUCAUGAAUGAUUUCUUAAAGUGCCAUUACCAAUUUUACGAUUCUCUGAGAACUGAUCUGUGAUAUUUCUUCAGAAAGUCUAACGGCAGAUCCUUUCGCAGUGUGCUCAGCGCUCGGCCUGCUCUCUUCAGCUCUACCUCUGCUGGCACUAGUGGACAUUUCUGAUGAUUUAAGAAACUUCGAUGUGAGUUCUCAUUUACCAGAGCAAAGACAAAUUUCUACAAGCUAUGGGUUGCCAAAAUUCUCGUAUAGCAGAGCAAAGAUAGAUAUAUAUUAUUUGGCGAGACAGCAGAGAUAGAUUAACAACACACAAGACUAAACAUACAUGAAUUGUUUGUAGGCUAAGUCAUACACAUGUUUUUUCCUCUGAAAUAGGUGCUCUUAUUGAUUCAUUCAUUAACAUAGGGCAAUAAAAUAAAAGUAUUUACAAGUUGAAAACAAAACAAAUCACAAACAUGUGUUGUAGAGUGUAGUACAUUUUUGACAGAACACAUGUAUGGAACCGAUAAAAGACCAAAUACGUGUACAUAGUGUUACAAAAACCAACCAGGUUUUGCAAAGACUUGAAUGGGCUAGUGGCGGGUAGAAUUGAAUCCAA